AUGAACAUUAAUAACUAGUUACUAAAGAUUGUUCAAGAUGUAUUAAUUAUACACUAUCUAUAGAUUCAAUUAACAAUUAAGAGUGAUUUUGAUCUCAAACCUAAUCUUGAUGAAUUGAUCAUAAUAUUAAGAGAAUAAGUGACAAUUCUGAUUGAAUUAGUACAACAACAAAAGAGUCUUGAUUAUGAUUAAUUAGAGAAAGCAGUUCAGAAGGCAGAAGCUGAAAUUAGAAACCAUAUUAGAGUAAUUAGCCACUACAUACUAUUUUAGGUCGAAUAGUAAAUGAAAUUAUUUUCAGAUAGUCUUUAAGAGAAGAUAGAUUAAUUAGAAAUGGAAAAAUAAGAAUUACUUGAUAAAGUAUUAAAUAAUCAUUCUAAAGUAUAAGAAUAAAACACUUCUUUAAAGUCAAGAACGAAAGAUUUCUUCAUAAAAUGGCACUAGAGAAUCAAGUCCUAGUUUAUUUAAGAAAUCUUACAUUUUAGGCAAUUAGGUUUAUAAUAGAUAAUAGGGAACUUCACAAGACAACUAUGUUUCAGUCAUAUAAAAUUGUAAUAGUCAUUAGACAAGAGAAAAACGAAGCUCUGGUACCUAACAUUCAUACAUAAUGAUGAAAAAUAUGUAUGAGAUCAUGUAUAUCCUUUUAGUCGUCAAAAAAUCAAUAUGAAUUCAUCAUAAGAAAAAAUAACUGAUAAAAGUUCUACUCUUCUUAAAUCUUAAAAUGGCUCCUCACUUAUUAAGAUGUAUAAUAUUUAGAAAUUAAUCAUCAAAAAUCAAUAAGAUAAAAAUUUAUAACAAUUGAAAAAGUACAAUAAUAUUCUAUCUUAAGUUAAACUCUAAAUCAAAUUUUAGAUGAUUCUUAAGCCACAAAAAAGAAACCUUGA